AUGGAAACAUCGACAGCCGCCUCUACCUCGAAGUCAAAUGUAACUAAAAGCAACCCUGAUAAGCCAAGUCAACCCAACACAUCCGAGACCACUGAUAGUAAUGGGACAACGGGAUCUUUUGAGUGUAAUAUAUGUCUUGAUUCAGCCCGAGAUGCAGUAGUUAGCAUGUGCGGCCAUUUAUUUUGUUGGCCAUGUCUCCAUCGUUGGCUUGAAACUGCUGAAACCCGCACGGUAUGCCCUGUUUGCAAGGCUGCUAUCAGUAGUGAUAAAGUCAUCCCUCUUUAUGGACGUGGUGCGGACCAUACACAAGACCCUCGUACUAAAAUCCCUCCCCGCCCAGCUGGUCGACGUACUGAACCAGAACCGGGGGUCGGAAGCUUUGGAAGUACAUGGGGAGGAUUGUUCGGUGGAUCUGAUGGGGGUAAUUUCCGAAUGUCUGUAGGUAUUGGUGCAUUUCCAUUCGGUUUCUUGUCAACAACAUUUAAUUUAGGAGGUAAUAGCAAUCCUGCAAAUUCACACAAUGUUAAUGGCGUCAGCAAUCGAGCAAUACCACCAGACAAUUUUUGGGGAGCUGAUUCAGAGACAAUGUCAAAAAUAUGUUUAUUUAUUGCUAUAUUUUUUAUUGGUUGGUUAUUAAUUGCGUGA